CGGAGUCUUUUCAGUGAGUCAUUCACAGAUGCGAUUCGGUUCCCAACGUUCACCAAAAAGAGCCGUUCGUUCGCGAACGACCAAUCGUCAUUACUGCGCAGUCCCACAGGGCCGGAGAGGGUGGUGUGAGUCCGUUAGGUAACCAGGGAGUCAAUUUGGCACUUUUACUAUAGCAAAUGUUUUGAAACGUUCAUUUUCUGUCACUUACACCAACAAAAAGAUAUGGGGAACCGUGUCGCUCGUGAGGAUUACGAAUGGGUUUAUACAGAUCAGCCACAUGCCGACAGGAGGAAAGAAAUUUUGGCAAAGUACCCAGAAAUAAAGACACUAAUGAGGCCUGAUCCCAGGCUGAAGUGGAUUGUUUGCAUGAUGGUACUCAUCCAGUUCUUAGCAUUCUACCUGGUCAAAGACCUGGACUGGAAAUGGGUCCUGUUCUGGACUUAUGCCUUUGGCAGCUGCAUCAACCACUCUAUGACCCUGGCCAUCCACGAGAUCUCCCACAACACAGCAUUUGGCAACAACAGGGCCAUGUGGAACCGCUGGUUCGCCAUGUUCGCCAACCUGCCCAUCGGGCUGCCGUAUUCUGCCUCCUUUAAGCGCUACCACCUGGACCACCACCGCUACCUGGGAGGAGACGGUAUAGACGUAGACAUCCCAACUGAUUUUGAGGGCUGGUUCUUCUGCACACGCUUCCGCAAGUUUGUCUGGAUCAUCCUCCAGCCUCUGUUCUAUGCCAUCCGCCCUCUCUGCAUCAACCCCAAGCCCAUCACCGGCCUGGAGCUGGCCAACGUGGCCGUGCAGCUGUCCUUCAAUGUGGCCCUCUACUGGCUGUGUGGAGCCAAGCCUGUGGUCUACAUGAUGGCGGGCUCCUUGCUGGGAAUGGGCCUGCACCCCAUCUCUGGACACUUUAUCGCCGAGCACUACAUGUUUCUCAAGGGCCACGAGACCUACUCCUACUAUGGCUCCCUCAACCUGCUCACAUUCAAUGUGGGCUACCACAACGAGCACCAUGACUUCCCCAGCAUCCCAGGACGUAGGCUACCUAUGGUGAAGGAAAUAGCAUCAGAGUACUAUGAUGACCUGCCCCACUACACGUCGUGGGUGAAGGUCCUGUAUGACUUCAUUAUGGACGACCAGCUCAGCCCCUACUCUCGUGUGAAGAGGAGGCUGAAGGGAGAUAUCAAGCAGGAAUAAAUCCUUCCCGCUCUCCUACUCUCUAACUAAACGACACCAGCCCCAACUCGCCACCAAGACUUUUUACAGCUUUUGCAUAUUAAUACACAUUUGCACUGAAUGUGAAGAGAAUGUGUGGACAGGACGUGCGACAUGUAUGUAAGAAUUUGUUCAAAGUCUGUCCUUACAAAAUAAUUUUUUCAACUAGUCAUUACACACAAUUACAGUUGUCAUUUCUCCCAUUUUUUGCACUUGUGGUCAUUGUAAUGCGGACAAUUAUUUCCCGUCAAAUUUUAUUCCAGAAUGAAUUUAUAUGUAUAAUUGACAUCUUUAGAUUUGAGUUUUGCACUGGUUGCUGCAUGUGUUGAAUAUAUUCGAUCCUGUUUUUUAUAGUUUAUUAUAUAAUCACUCCGGUUUUAUUUCAUUUCUUGAAAGAGGCUGUAUAGCAAUAUACAGUUACCCAUUUCAAUGCUACUGAUCUGCAUUUGCUGUGGAUUGUGAGUUUGUUCUCUCCUCACUCAAUCGUAAAAUCUCCCUUUCAUUCCACGUAGACGGCACUUAGCACAUGACUGUGUGUGUGGACAUAUUGUCUUAUGUUCUGAGCUUUAGUUUAGCUCAUUUUGAUCCAAGUGCCAUUUUGUAUUGUGCUUUUGCCAACACCUCCGAUAACUGAUUCACAUAGUCUGAAGCACCAAGUUAAUUUGCUCUUCGUUAAAUGUCUUUCUUGAUACAGUGGGGAGAAAGAGAGUUCAUAACAAGGUUAGGUAAGACAAGGACCAAGAUUCAAUCGAUCGUGGGUUGGAGACAAUGCGGAUUUGAAUCUCAGCCAAGGUCAAACGUUGUCUUUGUUUUGUUUAGUUGAGCUUUAACGGAACACCAAAUGUGGCCUUAAAUGUGUAAAUUACUGUAAUGGAGAAGCAUCAUUCAUAUUUUGUCUGAUGAGCUGGUAUACGCUCCAAACAUCAACUUUUCCGGACGUAUUUUACUGGUUCUCCUUCUAUAAUUAAUACUCAAUCUUAGAAAUAUACAGCAUGUUAAAGCUAAUUUAGAUUUUAGACUAGUGAAGUCUUUUGACAAUAGCUAUAUUGAGCCUCUUAUGGAAACCCAAUCGAAGGCCAAAUUAAUUGAAACCAAAUGUAAUUUUGUUCAUAUACUGUAUGCUUUCAUAUUUUUUUAUUUUACUUUCACUUGAUUCUGAAAGUCCGAUUUAUUUCCAAUUGUGUCCUUUAACAUUUUUCAAAGCAGUAUGCAAUGCCGUAAGUAGCCUAAUUAAUGUGAGAGAAAACAGAAUUGCUUUCUUUAGCAGUGAUUGACCUCAAGAACAGAGCAGUGCCCCCUUAAUCAUAGAGUCUGAAAGCCACUCAAAUGUUUAACUUUAAAGUAGCUACCAAAGAGGGAGUGAAACCCAAUUCAUGCAUCACAUUAUGCAAACCAUGAUGUGGAUGAAUAUUGUCCAAAGUAGAAUGGAAGCUUGCUGACAGUGGUGCUGAAUCACAAAUUCACCCUUAACCCUAGACACUCCAUGUAGAUCUGGAAUGAACCUUAGCAGUAUGGUAAUAGCUCCAUCUUGCCAUCUGAUUGGCUUGGAGGGAGAUUUGCAAUAUUGAGUAGACUUAGGGCUGGAUUCAAUCUGUACCGCAGAACUAAUAUGGAAGAUAUAUCUUUAAAGGCAAUGUUCCCGCAUUCUUAUCUAAAAUAGAUGUGGCUAGGGGUUGAUUUGGGAUUCAAUGGCUUCUAAAACAGGGUAAAGGAGCUUUUUGUUACAUCUACAUCUGUAUUAAACACAAGCUGAACUCAUGUUGGAUAGCACCUCAUGAGGCCCUUUCACAGUUGGGCUUAUUGGACUAAGGGUGAAAGAAUUGAAUGAAGUAGUCUUUAUCUUCUUAAAUCAAGCAUAUUCUUUCAUGUAGAAUACUCCUCAGCACUAUGGGAAGGGAGGAGUCAUGAUUCCACCCUCAUUGUGUAACACCUGCCUUUUUGCAUUAUUGAGUUUUGUCUGAUUGUCAUCCUUUUUGCUGGUCAGCCAUGAGGUCCUGUCAUAAGAUGGAGUAGCAGGUCAGAUCUAUUGGGUAUAGGCUAGAGGUGUACUGGUAAUUGCGUUAAAGUCCUACUCCAAUCUCCCUUUCACCUCAUUUAACACCUGAUUAAGGGCCUCUUUACACUACUUUGACGACGCAAACUUGGUCCAGGCGAGAUACUUGUGUCGUGUAAAGAGAGAGAUUUGAAUCUAGAUCCAUCUUUAAGAGAUGUCUCCCACACUUCUUACAGCGGUAGUGUGGGAGACAUAUACGCUAGUGAUGCCAAUCCUUACGGUUAUAUCAGCGGGUUUAGGAUAAUUAAAUAUUGUGUGGAUGAAGGGCGGGUGGAAGGGCGGGUUGAAUAAAGAGAAAACAAUACCUUAAA